AUGGCGCACACCAAGCGUUCGCGCGCCGCCUUCGAGGCCGACCUGCAGCAGCACGAGUCGCCCUACGCCGUCGUCGGCACUCCGCUGCCGCCCCUUGACGAAAACACCCGCGACGACGGUUCCUACGUGCCGCUCUGGAAGCAGGAGGCACUGGACGAGCGCGGCCGCAAACGCUUCCACGGCGCUUUCACGGGCGGCUUCUCUGCAGGGUACUUCAACACGGUAGGCUCCAAGGAAGGAUGGUCUCCGUCGACGUUCGUGUCGUCGCGGUCCAGCCGCCACAAGGACCAGAAGAAGACGCGCGCUGAAGAUUUCAUGGAUGAGGAAGACCUGGCCGACCAGGCUGAGGCCCAGAAGCUGCAAACCAGUGGCGCAUUUUCCGCACUGGGGUCGACCGGCGACGACGUGGCCCGCCGAGAUGCUCUCAUGGACAUGGUCAAGACGGCCGGCGAGACAAUUGGCUCAAAGUUGCUGCAGAAGAUGGGCUGGAAACCCGGCCAAGGCGUAGGUCCGAAGGUUCGACGCAAGGCCCGUCUAGACCCAGAUGAUGAGGCCGACGGAAACCAGCAGACGCACCUGUUUGCGCCGGAGAACUCCCGAAUGAUCACCUUCGUACGGAAAAACGAUCAUAAGGGUCUCGGAUACGAAGGGGAAGCCCGCCUUUCAGGAGCGACGAAAUUGCCCAAUGACCCCGACCGCGAUGAAGACAGCGAUAACGAACGUGAUGCUGGCCCGCUGGGUGCAUCGCGGAAAUCCAACGUCAGGAAGCCAGCCAAACGAGGAGGCUUCGGAGUCGGCGUGCUGAAUGAUGACGGCUCCGGCGAAGAAGACCCCUACGAGAUAGGACCGAAAAUAUCCUAUAACCGCACCAUCGGAGGGGACAAGAAGCUCAAAAAGAAGAAGGACACCACCAAGGCAGCUAGCGGUUCUGCCAAUCCUCUUGUUAGCGCCAAGCCAGUCUUCAUCUCCAAGAAAGCCAUGAGCAAGAAGGCAGAAGGCUUCCGUAAAUGUCAUGAUGGCAGAUUGCCUCUUGAGGGCUUCAUCCUCGCCACACAGGCACUGACUUUGUCUGACGGAGCAAAGUAUGCACCUCCGACUAUCCCAGAGGGUUGGUCUAGUUCAAUGAAAGUAGGGAGUGGUCCCAAGCCGUCCGAGGGCGCCCAGUCCGUUACAGAUGCCGCCAAGUCAUCUACCCUGGAUGCAAAGGCCCGCGCAGCUUUACUUGGGGAAUCGGCUUUGCCAGGGAAAUCGGUGUUCGACUAUCUAAACCCCGCAACACGAGACCGGCUAGCUGCAUCCACCGGCAAGGCGAACCUCCCCGAGGCCCGUGGCGAAGCCGCUCCCGAGGGUUUCCGCAAGACUGAAGCUGACCGCCAGAAGCAACUAUGGAGCCUCGUGCCGCCUCUCGAAAAAGAGAUCGCCGAGGGAGCGUUGAGCCGAGGCAUAGGAGGCUGGAUGCCGUAUUCUGAGGACGAAAAAAAGAGAGCCAGAUAUCGUGGCUUCCUGGAGCUGCGGGCAGAACUGCGGGAUGCUCUACCAGAGCGAGCUCCAGGAGCCUCCACAGACGACUGGGUCCGAGAGCUGCAGGAGUUUGCCCAUGCAGCACGAGUUUUUCGGCCAAUUAGUGGCAUGAUGGCGUCGCGCUUCACAUCAGCGUCGAAACCGCCUGCGUCAAGUUCCGGGGAAAGUGCACCGGACACGCCACUAAGCAAGCCGGCCCCAAAACCGGCCGACCCCGCCGAAGAGGCAGCGAAGCUAGGGAUGUAUGGGCCGAUGACUCGGCAGAUCCUACAGUUCUACCCGACUCGUCUUCUGUGCAAACGCUUCAACGUGAAGCCGCCAGAGAACGUCCAGCCGGAUCCAAACAAUGCACCUGGGGAUGCGGCGUCGACAGCUGCCCCCAACCGAGAUCUGACGGUUGUGUCGCAGUCGGCAAUACAGGAGAUGAUGCGCGAGAAUGCUCUGAGACAACCGUAUUCGGCGCCGUCGGACGGUGCCCGUGCAGCGGACGCGCAGCCCAUGGCGGCGCCUGUGCAUGCUCCAGUGGACGUGGAGCGGAACGAGGCAUUGGAGUCAGAGAAGGCUGGCGAUGCUGUCUUCAAAGCCAUCUUCGGGAGCGACGACGAGGACGAGUGA